AGAGAGAGAGUUAGGUGUACGGGCCUGGAAAUGAGAUCUGAAUCUAAACCCACCUACUAAUUUUCCAUUAUUUUUGUUUUUUAUUUUUUGGGUUUUUCUCUUUUUGCCAAAACUCGGAACUUUGGGGCCCUUUGUCAAAAGAAGGGUCUUCCUCUUCACAAUCUCGCUCUUUCUCUCUCGGGUUCUCCGCUUGGGUUUCUUUCUAUUGCUGGUUUUUGGUAUUGAGGCUGCUUUUGCGGUUAACCAUGGCUAUUGAGGUUGAGGGGUUUGAGAUGGUCGAUGGACCAGUGGAGCCUGUUACUGGAGGAGACACUGCCCUUUUGCAUGAGAAGGAGAAUGGUAAAUUGGAUCAAGUGCCGGGGCUUAAUGAGCCCAUAAAAUUUGGUUCGCAUGGAGAUGAGCCAAUUAAAGUGGAAGGAAAUAAUGUUUCUGACGCCAACUUCCCGAAGGAUGCAGUUGAUGAGUGGCCUGCACCUAAGCAGAUCCAUUCCUUUUAUUUUGUCAGGUGUCGAUCAUAUGAUGACCCUAAAAUUAAAGUUAAAAUAGAUCAGGCUGAUAAAGAGAUUCAGAAGAGAAAUCAAGCCCGUUUUCAGAUCACUGAAGCACUAAAGGCAAAAAGGUCAGAUCGAGCGGAGUUGAUUUCUCAGGUUAGAGCUUUGAAAGACGACAACAGGCAGUUCAGGACAAUCUUUGAGGUGAAAAGAAAGGAGAUGGAACCUCUGCAACAGGCUCUUGGCAAGCUGCGCAAUCCAAACUUUUCUGGUCGUGGUAGUGGAAUAUGUUCAUCUGAGGAAGAGCUCAAUGAUGUGAUCCACAGUUUGCAGUAUCGCAUACAACAUGAGAGCAUUCCGUUGUCGGAGGAAAAGCAAAUUAUUAGAGAAAUUAAACAACUUGAGGGGACAAGGGACAAAGUUAUUGCUAAUGCUGCUAUGAGAGCAAAGAUCCAAGAUUCAUUGGGUCAGAAAGAAGCCAUUCAAGACCAGGUUAAACUCAUAGGCGGUGAUUUGGAUGGAGUAAGGAAGGAGAAGCAAGCACUUCAGGGCAAAAUUAAGCAACUUGAUGAAGCAAUAAAGGCAAUUGACAAUGAGCUUAAUUCUUUGGGGGAGGAGCUGAAACUUGUAAUCCAAAAAAGGGACAAAGCUUAUGAAAGCAUUCAGCAACUCAGAAAACAGCGUGAUGAGGGGAAUUCCUACUUUUACCAAAGCCGUACAGUCUUGAAUAAAGCACGAGAGCUUGCCGCGAAGAAAGAUAUCAAGGCUCUUGAGGAACUCUCACAUUCAGAGGUUGACAAUUUUGUGUCCCUCUGGAGCCGUGACAAGGCUUUUAGGGAUGAAUAUGAGAAAAGAAUUUUGCCAUCAUUAGAUAGUCGACAAUUGAGUAGGGAUGGGCGGAUGAGGAACCCAGACGAAAAGCCUUUGGCGGUAAUAGAAGAAACUACAUCCUCUGAAACAGUGACACUGCCAAAACCCAUUGUGAAACAAUCAAAGGAAGAUUCCAAAUCCCCUUCACAGGAUGCUUUGCCCAUCCAAAAGGCCCCGAAGGAAGCUAAAAAUGUAGCUACAGAUUCGAAAUCCAUCGUGGAGCAUAUUAAAGUAGAAGACAAGGAGAUCUCUGGGUUAGAAAAGCCGCAGAAGGACACUCCUGCAAAGGACAAUGAAGUUGAUGUAGCAAAAUUGAAGGAGAUAAAAAGAGAAGAAGAAAUUGCAAAAGCUAAAAUAGCAAUGGAAAGGAAAAAGAAGUUAGCAGAGAAAGCAGAAGCCAGAGCAGCUAUGAAAACUAAAAAGGCAGCUGAAGAGAAGCUCAAGGAAAUUAUUAAUUUCUAUAAUUUCAUCAUCAUUGCUUUCCUAUUUGCUAAGCUUGAAAGGAAGGCGAAGAAGAAGGCUUCAGCAUCCGCACCUUCUUCUGAUCCUGAAGAAUCAGCAGAAGCAGUGUCAGAUGCUGCUGCAGAAACAGAGAAGGCUGAUGAAAAUGUAGAAGCCCCAUUUCCAGCAAAGGAGAAGGGUCAAAAGGUGGGCAAUAUCAGGCACAAGGUUAGACCAAAAGGCCCAGAUUCAGUCCCAAAAGUCUUCCUGAAACGGAAAAAGUCAACAAACUACUGGGUAUGGGCUGCUCCUGCUGCUGUGCUGGUUCUGCUGUUUUCAGUGCUCGGAUACUACUAUCUUCUCUAAAUAGUGUGAGCUAGUAGAAGAACCAAGUAGAAAGAGUCAUGAAAACCAGUUUUCCUGCUUCAGGGUGAGAGUGGGGGUGGGGGGGGUUAGGUUUGUAGUGUUAAAAAUCCAAGUUUAUUCCUGUUCGUUACAUCCUUUGAGUGGGAUGGACUCAAAAUCAUAAUGUUGUUGGUGGUAGCUCAGAAGCUACAUACAUUUUAGUUUGACUUGAUGAAUUUUCAAAUUUUGACUUUUUGAUAUCAAAUUUCAUUAAAAAAUGUUAUUUGGAUCCAUAAUAAACUUGCUUUUUAUA